AUGGUGCUCACUUUCAUCGCCGGCUUCGGCGCCGUUUUUGGCGCGGCCGAGGGCAUCCGCGCGUCGCAGGCCAAGUCGCGGCGCGAAGAACACCGGAGCCGCAAGAACAACCUGUUUGUCCACUGCAUGAAGUCGACUCAGUACAGCCACCUGCUGGAGGGGAAGCAGGUAGUCCUGUCUGGCCACAUGUGCUUCAUCGACACGGGCAUGGCACACGACACGCCCUACGGCCACCCGUUCCUCGGCUACUACCUCCCCUACCCGGACGCCAAGUACUCGGGCCUCGUGAGCACCAUCACGGACGAGGCGCCCAUCAUGAACUGGGUCUUUGUGCACCACGAGACGUACCAGCUCAUGUACGGCAACCGGCAGCAGUCCGAGGGCCAGCUCUGCGGGCCCUGGGACUGCACGCGCCAGGACAAGCGCCUGACCUUUGCCGGCUGGGAGGGCUUCUGCGCCGUGCUCGAGGACGCCGGCUACUGGGGCCUCUACUUUGACGUCGACGGCGACAUGCUCCGCCGCAAGCUGCCGGGCAGGGUCGUCAUCGAGAUCGAGCUCGAGCGCCGCGAGCUCAAGACGAGGAAGCCCGUGUUCGAGGAGGACAUGUCGGUCGAGGACAAGCUCAAGGAGGCCCAGGCCGAGGCCGAGGCCCUCGCAAAGGUCCGCGAGGCCCAGGCUGCCGCCGCCGCCGAGGCGCAGGAGAGGGCGAGGGAGCAGGCUCGCAGGCAGGCCGAGGCGCAGCAGAAACGCAACUCCCAGCAGCAGCAGCAGCAGCAGCGACAGGCACGCGCCAAGUCCCCACCAAAGACGGGGUCGCCGCCGCCAACGCCCAAGACGCAGUCGGAAAAGGGCAAACAGAGACAAGAGCAGCAGGCGCGGUCAGAUGAUCAGCCCAGGAGGCGAAGGAGGUCCAAGGACAAGAACGGCGGGGGCGGCGGCGGCAAGCGCAGGGCAGAGAGCCCACAGUCUGACGGCGGCGGGUCGGCGGGGGCGGCGGCGGCGGGGCCUUCAUCGACGCCACGGGCGGCGGCCAAGUCGCCGUCCAAGCCGAAGCGACGGCCCGACCCGCUGCGGUCGCCCAGCCGGGCGCCGAGCCAGACGCACAGCCAGGCCUCGUCCCGGUCGCACCAGUCGCACCGGACGAACAAGACGGGCGACGAGGGCAGCAUCAGCACGCGCGCCUCGACGCAGCGCAGCCGCGGACGUGCCCAGCACCGCCGGACCGCAAGUCGUGGCGGCGGCGGCGCAGGUGGAGGCGGCGGUCAGCAGCAUGCUUCCGGGAUGAAGAGCCCGGUCUCGAACCCGUCCGUCAAGGCCCGGAUGACGCAGAACCGGCGGGCGUCGACGGCGUCGCUGAAGAGUCCCGUCCGGGAAACCGAGGCGCCAAAGAUGCUCGGCGUCAGGGAGGAGCUCGACGUCAGCUUCCCCAGGCUGGACGAGCUGCUGCGAUCGCUCAAGUACCAGAGCCCGAGCGUGGAGGACUCGGACGAGUCUGAAGACAUGCCGCCGUCGCCAGAUGUGGACUAG